AUGCAGCAAGUCACGGCUUGUGACACGCGUCGACCUUUCGACUCCGAUAGUCCGAUAAUUGACAAAGUGCAGCGAGUUGUCUGGCGUAGCACGCUGCUAGCCAGCCUCCACUGUCGACCAAGUGCUUGCGUUGUGCUUCCACGACGCUUCAUGCGAACGAUCAGCCCCGACGAGGCAACGACAGGGAAGCAGACUACAGCAUCGACGACAUCAACUCCCUCAAGGCAGACAACCAUGGCACAAGCGACGACGGGCGCCGCAGCACCUACAGAAGCACUCGCCUUCUGUGACUUUGUCAAUGUAGCUCCCACACCCUUCCAUGCAGUCGCAGAAGGCGUCAAGAUGCUCGAAGCGGCAGGUUUCGUUCGACUGAAAGAGGGUCACUCGUGGGAGACAUCUGAACCUCGGGUCAAGCGUGGUGGCAAAUACUAUGUCACCCGCAAUGCUUCAUCCAUCGUCGCUUUCGCCGUCGGAGAAGCUUACAAGCCCGGUAAUGGCUUCUCCAUCGUCGGUUGUCAUACCGAUUCACCUUGCUUCAAGAUCCGCCCCGUCUCAAAGGCAGACAAGUCAGGCUUUGCUUCUGUCGCCUGCGAGACCUACGGUGGUGGUCUCUUCCAUACUUGGCUCGAUAGAGAUCUCGGCAUUGCCGGCCGGGUAGUCGUGUCAGACUCGAGCACGAGCAAGAGCGAUUCUGGCUAUACUUCUCAUCUCGUCAAUAUCGCUAGACCCGUCAUUCGUAUCCCUACCAUUGCGAUACAUCUCGAGCGCACUCAAAAUGAGACCUUCAAGUAUAACCUUGAGACAGAGAUGGUGCCCAUCAUUGGCAUGGUAGACAAGACGCUCAACGCGCCUGUGCCGACGACCGCUACCGCCGCUCAACCGACCAACCCACUGGAUCUGUCAGCGCAUCAUCAGCCUAUGCUCUUGUCGCUCCUCGCUACUAGCCUCUCGGAGAUCACAGGCAAGACGAUCGAGCCGCAACAGAUUCAUGACUUUGAUCUGUCGCUCUACGAUGUACAGCCCUCUGUUGUCGGUGGCGCCCUGAAUGAGUACAUCUUCUCUGCCCGCCUCGACAAUCUGUUCAGCUCCUUCGCCGCUCUGACCGGUCUGGCACAGGGCACGGCGAGCGCGUCCAGCUUGUCAAGCCAAGAAGACGUCAAGAUGAUCGCGCUUUGGGACAAUGAAGAGAUCGGCAGCGUGUCCGCCUACGGCGCAAUGUCCAACUUUCUCGAGAGUAUUCUGCAUCGAGUCGCAUCGACACUGGCUGUCGAAGGCGAGGUCAAGGACCAUACCGUCGUGCAUACAACUCUUGCCAAUUCCUACCUGCUCUCGUGCGAUAUGGGCCACUCUAUCCAUCCUGGCUACCCGCAAAAGCACCAAGCGAAUCAUGCUCCUCUGAUCAAUGCGGGCCCUGCCAUCAAGACGAAUGCCAAUCAGCGGUAUGCAUCGACUGCGCAGACAAUCUUCCUUCUCCGACGCGUGGCCGCCCUGGCCGAGCCAGCAGUACCUCUGCAGGAGUACGAAGUGCGGAACGAUAUGGGUUGUGGCUCUACAAUCGGACCUUUGGUCAGUCGACUCGGCAUCAGAACAGUCGACAUUGGCUGCCCGCAACUUAGCAUGCACUCUGUCAGGGAAACCGGCGGCUCAAAGGACAUCGGCUCGCUCAUUCGACUGUUCGAGACAUUCUUUCGCCAUUUCCGCGCGGUCGACAGAUCAUUCGUCACUGCAGAGACGUGA